CCUUAUAUGAAUAAAAACCCUAAUACUUAGUAAUAUUUAUUGAGAUUAUAGUGAUACCCUUAUAAAAGUUGUGAUAGUUGGAAACUGCAACGUUGGAAAAUCCUGUAUUUUAAUGAGAUAUUCUGAAAAUUAUUUUACAUCACAAUAUUACAACACUAUUGGUGUAGAUUUCGUAUAAAUAAAUUUUAUUUAGAGAAAACUAGAGUGAUUAAAAUAGGAAAUUAAGAUGUGAAAUUACAGAUUGUAUUUUAUAAAAUUAUUAAAGUGGGACACUGCAGGUUAGGAAAGAUUUAAAGCUUUAACAAAUAAUUAUUAUAGAGAUGCUCAUGGGGUAGUAAUUGUGUAUGAUGUGACUGAAAGAUCUACAUUCGAUGCAGUGGAUAGUUGGAUUGAGGAUAUUGAUAAGUAUUGAAUAUUUAAGCAUUUUUUUAAAGGUAUGGAAGAAAAACAGUAUAAAAAUUAAUUGUUGGAAAUAAGGCAGAUAUACCAAAUAAAAGAAAAAUUAGCAAAUAGGAAGGUCAAGAGAAAGCGAGAUCGUUUAAUGCAUAAUUUUUGGAAACUUCAGCUAAAACAUCUGAAAAUGUAGAUAGAUUAUUUAUUUCAAUUUGUGAGCAAGUCAUGAAUAUGAAACAAUAAUAGCCUUAUAAUUAGAACAACAAUUUAAAUUAACAAUAAUAGAAUUAACCGUAAAAUAGUCGAGGGUGUUGUUGA